ACAACGUCAGUUGCAUCAUGACCUUACCCGUGCGACAGCGCCAGGGUUGGGGACAACUGCUCAUUGACUUCAGCUAUCUAUUGUCAAAGAAGGAGCAGAGGUCGGGUUCGCCUGAGAAGCCGCUCUCUCCAUUGGGUGCAUUGGGCUACAAGAGCUAUUGGACUUUUGCACUUAUGCGAUAUUUCCGGACAGCACCACAGAAUCCUCGUCUGGAAGGUCAGCCACUUUUCGCUGGCACGAAACAACCCCCCAUUGAUUAUUUUCGUCGGUCGAAGUAGACAUCACUGUCGCUACAUCUAUGACGAUCGAGGACGCUUACAACACGCUCGUGCAGCUGAAGAUGCUAACUGUCGACGACAGCUCGAGACGGCUGAAGCCAAUGCCCGGCCAGACCAUCAAGGUCCAGAAAGGGCGGAAAAGUGGGGUAGCGAGGAAACAUUUACAGCGUACGCAGACCAAUGACGACGAAAAGGUCAAAGGACCUUUCGUCCUCCCGACCAGUUAUGAAAUACACUGGGAUCCGGACGAGGUAGAACAAUACAUGGCUCGCUGGGAAGCCAAAGGCUACCUGACGCUCAAGCCCGAGAAGCUCAAGUGGAGUCCGUUCAUCGUAGCGAGGAUGCGCAAGUCAGAGCAGCUAUCGUCCGACCAGCCGCAACAAGCAGCGAAGGUGGAUCUGGUAGCCGCAGAGGCGGGUGCAAGGCUGGAUACAUCGACGGAGACGCGCUCGACGAGUAUCAUUGCCACGAAAUCACCGGCCUUUUCGUUAUUCGAUGAUGACAAUGUCAUUACCAUAUCGUCGUCCCGCGAAGCAUCAAGAGUCCAGCCCGAUGCGGAAAUCGCGCGCUCUCCAAGUGCGAUCCCGGACUCGGAGGCACAGUCGACGCAGCAGGCAUCGUCGGGCAAUCCGCAAACUCCGCGGGGAACAAGACCGGAAUCAGUCCAUGAGAAGGAACGGGAAGUAGCAAGAGACUCACAAGCGGACGACCUGGAUCAACUUGAGCUAGACAGGGCGUUUGCUGAGCAGCUGGCGAGAGACGAGUCCAGGAGCCGCUUGCGCAAUCGGGUCCAUUCAGAACCAUCCGCGCCUAUACCCCGUGAUGAACCCACGACACGCAAAGGACGGCCUCCCGCAGGGCGCCGGGCGUCCACUCGCACAGGCGGAGACAAUAGCGGCGCUCCCGUGGGCGACGACGCAGUCCUUGCAGCGCAGCUCGCACGAGAGGAGAGCACACGGCGCCUUCUGCGUGCACGGUCAAAUACAGAGCAGCAGGACGCCAAGAGAGCGGAUCCGACGCCCCGGUCAGCGUCGCCACGCAAACGCCGACGCGUCGACUCGCCGAACAUGGAUCGGACGCUUUCAACGUCCAUGUCGCCACCAAUAACGCGACGCAAUAGCAGGCGAACUUUGGCCGACUCCUCGCUUUCGAAGGACACAACAGCACAGCGCAAGGCUUCGCGACGCUUAAUGAACGGCACCGCUGGCAUGGCCCCGCGACAACGGCAGGCCGCGACGCGGCCUACGUCGGGUACGAGUGGAUCAGCUGUAUUGAUGUAUGAUCGUGAAGAGGAAGAAGAGUCCUCGGAUGGGGAGACGCGUAAGCAUGCGAUGGCAGCAGAUAAGGGACAGCGCGAACCUAUCAUCGAUGUAUCGGUGAACGAGCCAAAGUACGAAGAUACGGGCACGCCACUCACUGCUACCACCGCACGACAUAGCGCACCCAGCGACGACACUGUCUUCGUCGCAGAGGAACACGCCGGAGGGACAAGAAAGACCUCUCCCGCGAGGCACAUCAUCGUCAAGGUCCCCACGGCCGCACCUGUAAAUGAGCAGCAAAGUGAUCGCCGCGAUGGGGAGGAUUUUAUGGAAGUAGAUAAGCGCAUGGGCGGGGAUGCAGAAGUUGAGAGGGAAGGAGAAGCUGAUGCAGAGGGCGAACCUGACCUGGAUGGGGAGCCAGACCUGGAGAUGCUAUGAUGACGCGUGUCAUGUGUACCAUUGUGCUUGGGACCUUGUCAUUCAUUAGAGGUUGUAUUGUGUAGUAUACUCACCGCUCGUUUAAUGCAGCUAUAGUUUGGUGCC